AUGGGACUCCGACGAGGUGACAUCGACUCAAUGCCGAUAACAUCCACUCCGCCACCAUCGACCGACGCCUUUACCUGGAAAACCUCCGCCAGAUCCUCGCCUUCCUCAGCCGUCCGCCCGUCGCCAGUCCAGCACACACCAAAUAAACACACACUCAGCUCUGGUCGACGUCCUAGCUCCGUCACCGGCCACGCCACCCGACGGUUAGGAGAGAAGGCGUCGAAGAAGGAAAUAAGGUGGUCGAAGAAGAUGCCAAAGCGGUCGGCAGGUGGAACAAGUAGCGAGGACGACGAAAGAGUCACCGGAAUAGGCGAUCGGACCGGACAUGGUCGGCGCGGGGAAAGACGGACGAAAAAUGGACCGGCGACGGCAGCCGUGAUAAUGGCAACCUCACAGGAGAUUUUGGACACCGACGGCAACGGCUACUGA